CGUGUGUUUUGUUCCCUUGUUUUGUUUCUGUAAGCCAAAUGCUUGGCUGAUUGCACAGGAAACCAACUGCUGUGGGUAUUCACUUCAAUGGGCAAACUUGAAACAAGUCACCAGGGACUGGCUACUACUGAGUUCAAAAAGAAAGAGACAUCUCAAACCUGUAGCAAAGCCAAACUGUGGUGGGAAACACAAGAUGCAAAGAUGAGAAAAGUGGAAGGCACAGCAGGGGGAGAGACAGAUAGAACGAUGUUUUCCUGUCCAUAAUUCAUUAGAUUUAGGCAAAGCUGGAAUGGAGAUUUUAGAAGAAAGAAUAUUUUAAUAAGGGAAAUUUGUCUAAUGUCGGGAAACAUGCUCUUGUGCUGGUGUUCUAUGAGCUGUGCACAGUAAUCUGGGCAUGGAAACACUCUGAAAAAGUUAAUAUGUUACUUGAUAAAAUGCUGCAAAACGUAUUGAAAAGAAUAACUUUCUGCGGGACAGAAGAGGGAGCAAAUGACCUGUGGGCUUCUGCAUCCAUUUCACUUCUUUCCCCAUUGAUUUCAAAAGUCUCUCAGGCUCAGACAAUUGAAAGACAAGGAUCCACUGCCCAACAUCCCCAAGGGAAGGAAAGAGAGUGUGUUUAUACCAAUGAGGGGGAAAAAAAAGAGGAAAAAGAAGGGGGGAGGGAAAGCCUGCAAAAACAGAAGGGAUAGAAGUCCAAACUUGGAUUUUGCUUCCUUCCCCCAGGCUCACACAGGAAUAGCAGACUCCUGAAAAAAAAAGACUAGAGAAAGAUUGCCAUCUUCUGGAAGGAUAAAUAUCUGCCAUUAUUCAGGAUUCUAAAUCUGGCAUAUUUUUAAAGCCGUAGCAUAUAUGUGAUAAAUUUAUUUUUAAACCUGAGCCCAUGUCCAUAAAUCUAAAUUCAGUCACAUUUCAUUAAUAUAUGCUCCAUGAUCCUAGCUUUAGGAACUGACAUAGCAUCCUGGGGUUUAAUGAGAACUCGUGCUUAAAAUUAGAACCUUAUGAAUAUUAGGGAUUAUUCGUAGUGAAAUGAAUUUGAUUUAUUAUUGGGCUUAAAAACCAGUUGGGCUUUUUGUUUUGUUUUGUUUAAACUGAGCAUUAAGAAGUCAAAUUUAAGGUCUUCAGAUGCAGAGACUAAACAAUGAAUAAAUACUACUGCUCUUCUUUUAAGCAUCAGCUCCUUCAGCAAAUUAAGAACAUCUGUGUAAAACAGAGCCUUGCUUUUAAUCAAAAAGCCCACAGACAGCUUGUGAAGCACAGGAACUUUCAGCAUUGCCUUCAGUUAGCCUAUCUUAGUGAUGAUUAUCUAUAUUAGAGGAGCUUAGGCAGUGGCUGGGAUGAAAAUAACUGUGCAGCCAUCAACUGUAAUGCUGGAGGCAUGGAGGGUCAGCACUCUGUAACAGCACUGCCUCUUAGGCAGGCUCCUGAAACCCUGGGCUGUGCAGUCCCCAGAGCUAUUGGUACACCUGCGUCUCCUGAUGGAAGCAUGGGGUGGGAGCAGCACCGCUCUCUCACACUUCUAUUCCACGUGGAGCUGCUCUGAGCCCUCUAGCAACUGGUCCUUCUCAUGAGAGGUGAUGCCGUUGUUGCUGUUCUGCUGCCAAACAAGCUGUAACUAAGCCCUCAAGUAUCACAGGGCCUUUAAGGUUUCAGGGCAGGAGCUCAGAGGGGACUUUGGGUGAGUAUGAAUCUUUCUGUUUCUUUCUAGCUUUCCAAAUUCAUCUGAUGUGAAGCUGCUGGGAGCUGGAAUUCCUGGUGAAAUUCAUGCCUUGAUGGAGCUGCUGAAGAUGUUGCCGUGGCGCCGUGCUUUCCUGGCAGUUAUCCUGAACCUGCUGGCACUCAGCCUCUCCACCACUGCCUUGCUCAGCAGCUACUGGUGCACCGGGACCCAGAAAGUGCCCAAGCCUUUGUGUGGGAAGAGCAAAGACUCCAAGUGCAUCGGUGUCCCCAUGACGCCUGAUGCAGCUGCUAGCAAUGCUUCAGCUCAGGAGGAGGUCCAUUACAGCUGGGAGACCGGGGAUGACCGCUUUUCCUUCAGAUACUUCCACACAGGGAUGUGGCUUUCCUGUGAAGAGAGCAUGGAAGGGCCAGAGGAGAAAUGCCGUAGCUUUAUUGAGCUUUCUCCACCAGCAGAGAGAGGAAUCCUGUGGCUGUCACUGGGGUCAGAGAUGCUGUACAUCAGCCUCUUGCUCAUCAGCUUCAUCCUCCUGAUGGUGGAAAUGCUGCACACCGGCAAUCCUGUCUGCGGACUGAAGCUCAAUGCCUUUGCUGCUGUCUCCUCAGUGCUGUCAGGUCUCCUUGGGAUGGUGGCACACAUGAUGUACAGCCAAGUCUUCCAAGCCACAGUUAAUCUGGGACCAGAGGACUGGAGGCCGCACACAUGGGACUACGGCUGGGCUUUCUACAUGGCCUGGACCUCCUUCACCUGUUGCAUGGCUUCUGCUGUCACCACUCUUAACACCUACACCAAGACAGUGCUGGAGUUCAAGCGCAACCACAUCAAGGGCUAUGAUAUGAGCUUCAAGGAUCAGCCUCAGCACCACCAGUACUUCAUACAGCAGCAAAUAAGCAGCUACUAUGAGUCUCGAGACAAGCCUCUCCAUUCAGUGUCCGAGGGAGUUGAUUUCUACACUGAGCUGCAGAAGAAAGUGCUGCAGCGGGAACCAGAGCUGGACCUGGAUGAGGUCUUGGGACAGACAAUUGGAGAAGAUCAGUGUUAGGGAUGAAUGCACAGGGGCUGAACAGUGGGGUUUGGGAAGCAAAAAGCUCUGAACCAAACAUUAACACUACUAUUAGCAACUUCUUGGGAAGCUCUUCCUUUCUCUAAUGUUCAGGGAGUGAGAAUAAGAAAAUCAGGCACUGGAACAAGGCAACAGCAGUGCCAAGAGGAGGCAAGGCAGGUCCUCUCUGAUCACAACCUGAAGAGUGUCUUCAGCUGGGAACGAUGAAACUGGGGGGUAAAUAUCAUUGGUGCCAUCUGUAUCCAAGCACUGUUAGACAGAACUGAGGCAGGUACCCUAAUCCCAACAGCACUGCACUAAGGAAAAGAUAGACUCAGCCCAACCCAGCUGGCAAAUUGCAUUGCUGGGCCUCUUUGGGUGGAGUCAUAUUGCCAUUCCAGCAAUCUCUUUAGUUCAGCGCUAAGGGCAUAGGUGCUCAUACUGAGUUGCUGUAGUCCUCCCUGAAGACCCUAUUUCUUCCUCAUUUGUAGGCCCAGUCUCCUGUCCAACCCACAGAUUAAAAGUUCUGCUGGAGUAGAAAUGGGAGGUUGCUUUCAAAUAUCUCCUCCCCUCUCUCUUGUCUGUAAAGGCUCCUAUAUGCACCCUCCUUGCUUUGCCCCCUCCAGCUCCCAUUCUGAGAUACUUUCCGGUCUGACUCUUACUAUUGUGCUCCUCCACAUCCUUUAAGAAUCCUAGGCUGAACUCCUGCUUUUUUGUUUCUCUUCACUUGUCCCUUUUCCCCUUAGUGUAAAAAUACCACCAACAGUCCCCAAAUCAAGCAAACUCAUCAUCCCUCAAAGGUGAAAUGGUGGUUCACAUAACACACACUGAUGCUGUACACAGUAUUUAUUUGCUCCACUGCAGUUCACAGUUCAAAUACAUUUUCUCAACAAUAUACAGACAGACUCUUUAUUCACACUGGGGGCGUGUGUAUGCGGGUGGAAUGAAUUCACAUUAUGGAGGAGCUAAUGUCACUGCACUCAAAUAUUAGUUCUCUCAGGAAGAACCUCAGGAGAAUAACUACUUCAGGUAAUAAAUGCCUCACCUUUCCCAGCAAGGUGGUGGCUACAGGAGGAAAGGUGCACUCCUGUUUAAUCUUCAUAUAUUACUGGUCCUCACACUUUCAGUUCCUAUUAUACAGCUGUAUUAACUAACAUAAUAUUAUAAAUACUAAGGCGUCUGGAGGAAAAUCCCAGGCCUAGAGUUGUUGCUAAUAUAUAGAGUCGUGCUAAUAUAUACAAAGCUAUUUACACAAAAAUACCAUUAAACAUAUACAAACUGUUCUCAGCUCUGAUAUUAGGAGAGAAGGGUCCAAAGGCCAGCUUUGGGGCUUGCAGCUAAUCCUGAAGAGCUACACUGAAAGCUGUCCUGGAAGCUUUAUAUGGAGAUGCAAGGAGGAAGAAGAAAGGGUGAUGUAGCAAGACGAGGUGUCAAGAGCCCAGGGGAGCAAACCCAUGUGUCCAUCCUUGAUGUAAGCAUCAAAAUGCUGCCAUCACCUUGCUACUCGGAGGGAAAUGCAGCAAAACAGGAAGAGUACAUGUUAGCAGGAGGACCAAAGAGACAUCUGCAAUUCUCACCUCAGCCUGGCUCUGCAUAAUGUCAAAGGUCAGAUCUGGGAAAACAAGUAACAUGUUGCUGCCCUGCAUUGUGAGGAGUUGCUAGGGCAGAAAAGUUGUUGGUUUAUAUAUAGUUACUUUAUUGCAGGCAAUUUCAUGUAGAUGCUCUGCAACUACAACACACGAGUCUGACAGCACGCUCACAGGCACGAUUCAAGGAACUAAAUGCCCCAAGAGCAAAUAAAUGCGCCUUGGGGGCAGCCUAUUCCUCCUGGAACUGCUGGGCUGGCAGGCCAACGGUCAAAACCAGAACAGGGUCACAUGCACAGAAAAGCUUCCAUCUCUACCUCUUGUCUGAGCCACUAAACCCUGAAGCAGUUGUGUGAGAAUAAGCUUUUCUAUAAGUGUAUCUAUAGUCCAGUGAUCUUUACAGUGCCACUAGGGACCUGAUGACAGCCUCUCCCAAAGGGGCUGCAAUGCUUUUCAAAGGGGAACUCAGUCCAACGAACUGCAACAUGGUGCAACAAUGACACUUCAGGUUUAUACAGAGCUUAAGGACGGAUGAAUAAGAGGUAGAAACGAAACGUGAAGCUUUUGCUUCUUGGAUCUGGGAAAAGAAACACGUAAGUGCAAAUGCUCAAAAAUGUUCUUGCAGCCAUCUUUCUAUCAGGUAAUUCAGCAAGAGAGCCAAUUUGUUUGUGAGUUUGGCAACAGGAUGGUGAAAAGGGCUGAGAGAAUAAGAAAGGCUGUAGACAAGACUUGCCCUGCAGAAGCCAGACAGAGGCUACUUUCCAAAAAUAUGAAGAUUAAAGCAGAUGGUGUUCUUUACCCACAUAAUUUGCCUGUAGUUAUCAUAGACCACCAUAGGCUUUGAGCUUGUUUGUCUGCCUGGAAUACUGUUUGGACAUAAAAAGGAGUGUCCUAAAUCUGUUCAUAAAUUAAACAUAUAAAAAAUAUACAUAUACUCUAUAAAUUGAUACAUAUAUAUAACUCGUGUGUGUGU